UGGCCGGCUAUUCCAACAGUAGCUACACGCCCCAGAACAACGAGAACACGGCUGUGCUGGUCGUGGAGCAGACAACUCGGGACAGCAAAGACCCCGCCCGCACCACUCAGCACGCCAACAACAACACCAACAACACCAGCAGCAGCUGCGGCGCCUCGCGGCCGGGGCUUGAGAUCAGCGCAACUGCCGGCUUUAACACUAACACUAACAAUAACACUAACACUAGCAGCAGCAAACCCUACCUGCAGAGACAGCCUAAAAUGGACGAGAGUCCGUCUCGGACACCCACCGGCCACCCUCCCAACCUCCACCCAGCCCAGGUUGAAGUAGAGGUGAUGAUCAACAAGUCGGACAACUCCGCAGGCAGCCACCACCACCACAACCACAACUACCAGCAGGACAAAAAGAGCUCACCCAAGGCCCCCCAGUCGAAGAAACCACACAACAGAGCGCCUCUCAAAUCCACCAUGAGUCUGGGAGCUCGUCACAACGGGGUGACCUCGUCUCUCAAAGACUCGCAGAAAUCAAAACUGGGUCAACAGGACCAACCCCGCAGUCAGAGCCUUGAGGUGCCCUCGAUAACGAUACGGCACGAAGACGACGACAACGACAACGACCUAUCAUCAUCAUCAUCCCCAUCGAAACAGCGACGCCGACAUUACAGCGCCGAUUCCCCCGAAGGUACCUCAUCGCGAGGCCUCCUCUACCCCUUCAGACUCGAACCCACGCCCCACAGCCCGGUCUCCGACGGCUCACAGGACUGGUCAGCCGGGGACGCUGCUACAACAACAACAGCAGCAGCAACAGCAGCAAACGGUGGUGUCCCUCCCCCCUCCUCCUCCUCCCUGUCCCCUCCCUCCUCCCUCAGCCUCAGAAGCCCACAGAACAGACAGUCCCUGCCACCCAUGAGCACGGCACAGAGGAAUCUUCUACUUAGCCACAGCGUGGGUCGAGUCGGCGGGGCAAAGCUCAAGGGCAGCUGUAGUCUCGAUGUGCCCUGCCCAGAGGCUCGCUUCAUGAGCAAAAGCCUGAGCAUUCUGGAGGCGGGCUGCGGCGAGGAGAAGAGCCCGGGUCAGGGUGAGCAGCAGCAGUACCCCGUGGUCGAGGACAAGCUCAUCAGUAGCAGCCUCACGCGCCUAGAGGGAUUCCAGGGACAGAGGAGGCGGCUCAGUUGGACGCCCGACCCCAGGAG